AAAAUCGAUGUACUUCGAAAUGCAAACAUUCCAUGAUUUACAUAAUAAUUGAUUAAUUAGAGAUAUAAUAAUUUAGAACGUUCGAUUUACCAAUAUGUCACGGAAAGCAAAUAUCACGAAAUUUUAAAUAUAACUAAUUACGCUUCCUUGAAUAAUUACUAUAAAAUCCUGUUAUAUACUAUAAUAUUCUUGAAAUAGGAUCUUAUUAUUAUUACAAUGUUUUUACUCUACGUGUUGAAUGUAACUUCGUGAAGUCGGUUUGAUUACGAGAUAAGAUAUGUAAUCGUAAAUUGGUCUACGUCACGACGCGCCUGUGGAACGAAUCGUUUGCGUCCUCACGUACUUAUUGCUGACGCUAACGAACGGUGUCGGUGUGCACAGGUGAAACAUUCGUGGAAUUUAAUAUUGUGCAGCAAUUGUGUACAUAAAAAUGUCAGUAUUAGAGGCACCGCCGGACGUGUCGCUUCCUUGGAUCAUAUUCCACGAUAACAGACACUGAACAUUUUAUCUAAUCAUAAUUCUGAGUAGAACCGACUACGAACUAUGAUGUGCUGUAGUUCAUUUAAAAUGUUAUUACUAUCAGUGUUUAAAUUCACGAUGAAUAGUUGACGUUGUCUACGAGCAUCGUGAUUGUACAUCGUUUUCAAUUAAAAUUUCCAAACUGGACACUCUUCUCUGUUAAAAGCACGUUCAAGUUUCUCGACGAGUUUAUUGAUAACUUAAUUGAUCAAUCGAACUUAUUACUACUUGACGUUUUUAAUGUCAGUUUGGAAUACGUCAUUAUUCCAUGCAUACCUGAAAAUCAGUGAUAUAACGUGAAAACAGAUUAACUCGUCUUGAGGUAUAUUUGAGUCGUCAACGAUAGAUACUGUAUUAAAUUAUAAAAGAUGUUGACGCAAGCUAUGUAAAGGAACAGAGCAAUAGGAAAGAUAUUUACUUACAUAGGGAAUGCUAUGUAUUAAGGAUGAUCAGGAUAAGUCUCAGUUUGUGUAUAUUCCCACCAAUGAUUCAUAGUGAUUUGCAAAUGCUGAGAAAGAAGAAUAAAAUUGUUAUGUCUAGCAUAAGACUUAUCCCUUAGUCAAAUCAAAGUGGUAGAGUUUUAUUUUAUAUAAUGGCUCUGCAGAGGAUGACAAGCAUUGCUGGUAUCAGAACUACUAAACAUUUUAUACUGGCUCUUUCCGCUGGGAUAAUCAUUGGAUUUCUCGUAGCAUGUUUUGUGAUAGGAACUACCAGGCACACACCGUACAUAUCUAACUGGUUUUCGAACAGUUUUGCAAUGUCGAGGGAUCCGCAUCAUUACUCGGAAUUAGAGUCAGAGAUAGGUCCUGAAACAGAGGUGAAAUUCCAUGAGAACGAUGAGGAUUUUCAUAAAGGGGAGGACAAAGUUGCUCAAGAGCUCGCGAAGAAAGUACGGGUCCUUUGCUGGAUCAUGACGGGUCCAAAGAAUCAUCAAACCAAAGCGCAACAUGUAAAGGCCACCUGGGGGAAACGUUGCAACAUUCUUUUAUUCAUGAGCUCUGCUAAAGAUGCCAAUUUACCUGUCGUCGUUUUACCAGUGGACGAAGGGCGAGAUAAUUUGUGGGCGAAAACCAAAGAAGCUUUCAGAUAUGCUUACGAGAAAUACAAGGACGAAGCCGACUGGUUUAUGAAGGCUGACGAUGAUACAUAUGUGGUGGUAGAAAAUCUACGGUAUAUGCUGUCGUCUUACGACUCUAGUUCACCGUUAUACUUCGGCUGUAGAUUCAAGCCGUUUGUGAAACAGGGGUACAUGAGCGGCGGCGCGGGAUAUGUACUUAGCAAAGAGGCUUUACGGAAAUUCGUGGAGGAGGGCCUGCCCGACAAGAGCAAAUGCCGCUCGGACAGCGGUGGCUCGGAGGACGUGGAGAUGGGCAAGUGCCUGGAGAAGGUGAACGUGAAAGCGAUGGACACGCGGGAUCCGCACGGUCGCGGCCGAUUCUUCCCCUUCGUACCGGAGCAUCAUCUGAUCCCGAAUCACGUUGACAAGAAUUUCUGGUACUGGAAGUACAUUUACUACGAUACCAAAGAUGGUCUCAAUUGUUGUUCAGACACUGCGAUCUCGUUUCAUUAUGUGUCGCCUAACAUGAUGUACGUUCUCGAGUACCUAAUUUAUCACUUAAGACCGUUCGGCAUCACGCACGGCAUUGAUAAGCUUACCGCGGAUCAGUCAGUCACCGCAGCCACUGGAUACUAGUCUGUUAAUCUUUAAUACGGAGUGUCAUAAACGAUCCGUAAUUCGGUUCUCUAGGAGUUCCUGCGAAAUUCGGUAAUUUCGAUAGACUGAAUGGAGUUUUCAUGUAUUUUGCAAUAUUGAAAUUGGAAACAAAAUCAAAAUCUAUUAAAACAGAGUUUUUUAAAAAUUGUUCUACUUAUGAAA